AUGAGUACAGACCAACAAAUGCAUCUGGCGGUAGCUCCCAGAGCUAGCUCAUCGCAUCUGAACAGACCAGCACGUCAGCUUGUGCCCGCCUUUCUCCAGAAAUUAUACGAGAUGGUUAAUGAUCCAUCAGACCAUGAUCUCAUUCGAUGGUCUGACACCGGUGACUCCUUCUUUGUCCUCGACCAAGAGCGCUUCGCAAGCGAAGUCCUAGGACGCUGGUUCAAACACAAGAACUUCUCCUCAUUUGUCCGCCAACUCAACAUGUACGGCUUUCACAAAAUCCCUCAUCUCCAACAAGGUGUACUCCGCUCGGAUUCUGAUACCGAAUUCUGGAACUUCGAGCACCCCCAUUUCCUCCGUGGCCAACCGGAUAUGCUCUGCCUUAUCCAGCGAAAGAAGCAGACCGCAUCCACCUCUGACGUCAUUUCUGCCGUCGCUGAAGUUCCCAAUAAAGACCUGGGCGCAGCUGCGUCUGCCGGCGCCUUGACCCCUGGCCAAUUAAUGGACAUGAACUCAAUCGUGAAUGGUAUUCAAGCCAUCAAAAGACACCAAGCCGCCAUCUCUGCUGACCUCAACGACCUCAAGUCUUCCAACCAACAUCUUUGGCAGGAAGCCAUCGCUGCUCGUGAGAGGCAUAAGAAACACCAGGACACCAUUAACCGUAUCCUCAAAUUCCUUGCUGGAGUGUUCGGUCAUGCAGACAAUCCAAUACGCAAGGAUGAUAUAGGUGGAGGUGGGGUUGUCAGUGGUGGUGAGGGGAGUGAGAUCGUCGCGAGGAAACCACAGCGGUUGAUGAUUGGCGAUGGACGCAGUGGCGGAGGGAGUGGUGCAAAGAAGGGUGUCGACAUUACUGAGAUCAUGGAGGACCAACAGAGGACCAGCAUAGAUAGUGCAAAGUCUUCUGAGAUGGGUACGUCCUCCAUUUACAUGUAUGUCUCGGCAUUGACGCCCUGUUUACAUGAUUUUGCAGAUUUUUUUGCAUCUCUGGACACACCUUCUGCUAUCCCAUCUGAGUAUGGUCCUUCGUGCAAUGCUUCACCCCGAUUUGCAUCCAUCGAACCCUCUCUUCCUGAUGCCCCAACUCCCUCAGCAGAUGCAAAUACCACGCCAUGCUCCAACACCGCCCCAAUCAGCGCCACCACUACAGCCAAUGACAUCCAUCUAAACCCAUCAAAUAUAAAUACCGCUCUACCCACCUCGCCAAAUACCGCCCUCCCUCGCCCUGCGCCGAUUCACCACUCAGUCUCUGCACCUGCUUUCACCUCCCUGACUACAACAUCCCCUCCGCCUUCCCCACAGAAUGAUGCCCUCAUCCAUGCUGCACUAUCCCAGGUGCUCUCAUCGCCUGUGCAGAUGCAGAAACUGAUAGCUGCUCUUGGCGGGGGUGGGUUCUCGUUUCCAGGAGAUGGACACACGCAAGGAAUCAUACCACAAUCCAUUAUGCAGCAGCCUUUCCCCGCCCAGCCACAACCCCAGCCGCAGCCGCAAGCCCAGUUGCCCCAGCAGCACACAAACGCCAAUCCAGCACAACUAAUGCCGUACGACCCCCCCACGUUCCAGACCGACUACUCUAGUCCAUACGCUCUCCUCUCGCAAAAUGGUGGUGCUGAGCUAGCAGCUUUCGAAGCACAUGAUGAUCACCUGCAGAAGACCUACUCUACAGCACACGAGAUCAACACAGAUGUUGACUCGCUAGAGACAAACAUUCAUUCCCUUAUUCAGAGCCUUGGCUUUGACCCGUCGACUUUUGACGCUACUGACGGCGCACAGCCGCAUCUCGAUGACCCCUAUGGGGUAGGUUCGGGGCAGGAUUCUUUCGACAUUGGCUCAUAUCUUAACGGGAUGGAUCUGGCGCAUGAUGCGGCUGGGCAUACGGGCCAGGGUGAGGAAGAUCCAGAUAUAGAGAGCUUGAGGUUAGCAGACAAGCUGGAUUCGUCAACGGCGCGUGGAGCAGGCGUAGACAAAAAAGUGCCAAGUGAAGAGAUGCAUGCAUUCCUUGACGGGGUUGCUUCUCAAGAUGGCGGCGUGGACAUGGCCACGUCUUUGAUGCAAACAACCCAAAGUGCGAACGCCACGCGAGGCCGCAAACGCAAAUCAGACAUACCGGAUGUUGAUUCACUCUCAGGUCCAACAGAAUCGACAUCAUCAUCAGCAGGAAGUAGGACUAAAAGGAAAAGAUGA